UGUUGGAGAGUUGUUGGAAAGUUUUCUGCUGUGUAUUUUGCCGUUGCAAUUUAUGUUGUUGGUGUACAAUAUUGUUCCACGUACGGGGCUGGAAGAGGUUAUCUGAGGAUGGCACUACAUCUGUCCAUGCUUCUGUUUUUUUCAGCAACUGUCAGUUUCAGCCUGUCUAUCUCUCGAAAGUACUAUCUGAUCCAGCAGGGAAAAAACUGGACUGAUGCUCAGGCUUACUGCAGAGCAACACACACCGACCUGGCUAUUAUCCAGAGUAAUGAGGAGAUGGUUCAACUUAUGAAUGAAGCACAGAGACAAAUGUUCACUUCCAAUGCUUGGAUUGGACUGUACAAUGACAUCAACAGCUGGCGCUGGUCCAUGGGAAAUGAGCCACUGGGAAGUGUGAGACAAUGGGAUACAGAUGAGCCUAACAACAGUGAUGGACAUCAGGAGUGUAGUGUGAUAGAACCAAGUGGAUGGAACGACAGACCAUGUACAGAAGAAAACAACGUUGUGUGCUUUGACAACACUAAAACUGGCACUGACAGGUACAUUUACAUCAGUAAUUUGAUGACAUGGCCUGAUGCUCAGGCCUACUGCAGAAUGAUGUAUACUGAUCUGGCUAGUGAUAGAGAUGCAACAGAAAACUCAGUUAUAUUAGGUGUGAUCGGUGACUGGUCAUGGAUUGGUCUAUUCAGAGACUCCUGGAAGUGGACAGACCAAACCGAAAUGUCUACUAUUAGCUGGAUGUCUGGAGAACCUGAUAAUCUUUAUGGGAAUGAAGACUGUGGUUAUAUAAACAACGGUCAGGCUGCUGAUGCACAAUGCUCAGACAUAAUGCCUUUCUUCUGUUACUCAUAUACCAAAACACAACAAAUCAUGGCAGUGAAUGUCCGUUCCAAUCAGGAUAUAAAUGAUCAUGCGUUAAAGGCGGCCAUCUUGGAUCAGAUAAGGCAGAAACUGAAGGAUCAUGGGAUGGCAGAGAAUAUCACAGUGAAAUGGAGAGAACAACCAGAUGGGAAGGUGUUUCACAAAAAGGAAGAAAUUUAUACUACAGAAAAAUAGGAACUCUAAAUAGUAAACAAACAUUUUUAGUGUGAGCAAUCUGUUUGUACUGGGAACGUUAAUGAGAUAUAGUUCACUAUUAAAUGUUUGGUAAAGGGUCAAGUGAAUAAUUUACAUUGAAUUUUUUCUUUCAGUUAAUAUCUAACACAGUUUUAAUUUUAUUGUCUAUAAUAAAAACUUAAUAAUAUUAGCAGUCAAUCAGCUGAUAUUUGGAGUGUUUAAGGUAUGAUGAUAAAAUUGCUAACGUGUAAUGAAUUACUAUCUCACUGCACACAUUUUCUGUAAACCUCCAUCCAUUUGUAAGCAUCACCAUAGUGUAUGAUAGAUACAGACACACCCCUAUAAUAAACAUUCUCUUAUCAUAAACAUGAACUAACUUUAUUCCUGAGAAUAAAGAGUCAUUAAUUUGAUGUGAGAAUGAAAAAUAUGGCGGAUAUUUUUCCCUUGUGAUUCUCUCAUUCUUCCUCUGUCACUUUGAAACAUUUAGUUUAAAAAACACUAUGAAAAAAUACUACUCUAUGUAUAUGUAUAUAUGUAACUAUUUCUCUGUAUACUGA